AUGUCGAAGAGUGAUUCUGAAGCUGCGCCCAGGUCAUCUAGGCAGUCAGACCCUCAGGCCCCAUAUCAUAUCCUGUCUACGAAGCAAAAGUGGAAUCUUGUCAUUUUUGUCUCCUUGGCGGCUUCCUUCUCGCCGCUGUCUUCGAACAUCUAUUUUCCUGCCAUUGACACUAUAUCCAAGGACCUUGGAGUAAAUGCAUCCAUUAUCGCUCUUACAAUCACGGUAUAUAUGGUUGUUCAGGGUAUUGCUCCGUCACUCUUAGGGGCUUUCUCGGAGACCUAUGGCCGUCGCCUCACUUUCGCAAUAACUCUUACUAUCUACACUGCAGCCAACCUCGCCUUGGCAUUUACCUCCAAUUAUCCGAUGCUGAUGGUGCUGCGUGGCUUGCAGGCGGGAGGAUCUGCUGCGACUAUCAGCAUUAGCGCUGGGGUCAUCGCUGAUAUUGCAUGCCCACAAGAGCGCGGCCGCUUCAUAGGGACAAAUGCUGGUAUUCGCAUGACAGGCCAAGCAAUUGGUCCAAUUAUUGGUGGUGCAUUAAAUAGUCAAUGGGGCUUUCGGAGCAUCUUUUGGUUUCUUUUCAUCACUAGCAUUAUUGUCCUUGGUGCGCUCCUGAUAUUCCUUCCGGAAACACAGCGUAGCAUAGCAGGCAACGGCACUAUCGUCGUCUCUGGUUUCCAAAAGCCGUUUAUCUAUUAUAUCAGACCUCCAUCAGCCUGGUCGAAAAGCGUUGAAACGAACAGCCCGGGGCCUCGGUCACCAGUUACAUUCAAGAACGCAUUUAGCCCUUUGGCCUACGUCCUCGAAAAAGACAUCGCUGCACUCUUGGUCUGGGGUGCUGUGGCCUACACUGCGUGGAGUAUGGUGACCUCUUCUACCACAACAAUGUUACUCCUUGGCUUUCCUCUCCUGACACAGUGGCAACUGGGACUAUGUUUCCUUCCAAAUGGACUCGGCUGCAUUAUCAGCUCGCUCAGCACAGGCUGGAUACUGGACCAGAGUUUCAAUCGCGCCCUAGAGCGAUACAAGGAAGAGCACGGCAUCCCAGCAGACGAAACUGUUGAUCAUAGUCGCAACUUUCCAUACGUUCAGGCUCGUCUACGCCUGAUGCCUAUCUUUAGCAUCGUACUCAUGAUCUCUCUAGCACUUUACGGGCCAAGUUUUGAAUUCAAUGACUUGCGAAAGCAUUUUGGACCCAACCUGGCUGCGCCGCUCAUCCUUCAAUUCUUGAUCGCCUUUUCAGCAACGGCCAUCUUCAACAUCAACUCAACUGUGUUAAUUGAUUGCUUUCCGGAGCGACCUGCGAGCGCGACGGCACUCAAUAAUUUGUGCCGAUGUCUGCUCGGGGCAGCGGGCGUAAGUGUUAUCCAGCCACUGAUUGGUGCCGUGAAGGCGAUGAAAGCCUUCUUCAUUUUGAGCGGUGUGGUUUUUCUGUUUACCCCAUUAAUUUGGGUCGAAUGGAAAUGGGGGGAGAGGUGGAGACAAGAGAGAGAAGAUCGACGUGCUCAGUGA